ACAGGAAAGUUGGACCCCCACUACCCAAAGGUCUGCGGGCACAAAGGGAACGUCUUAGAUGUCAAGUGGAACCCCUUCGAUGACUUCGAGAUUGCCUCCUGUUCUGAAGAUGCCACGAUUAAGAUCUGGAGCAUCCCCAAGCAGCUGCUGGCGAGGAACCUCACAGCCUGCAGGAAGGAGCUGCUGGGCCAUGCACGCAGAGUGGGCCUGGUGGAGUGGCACCCCACGGCUGCCAACAUCCUCUUCAGCGCCGGCUAUGACUACAAGGUGAUGGUCUGGAACCUGGAUACACAGGAGCCUGUAAUCAUAAGCCCUGUGAGGAUAAUUAACUGUCACCAAGAUGUGAUCCUUUCGAUGUCCUUCAACACCAACGGCAGCCUGCUGGCCACCUCCUGUAAAGAUCGCAAGAUUCGGAUUCUUGACCCCCGAGCAGGGACCGUCCUCCAGGAAGCCAACUACAAGGGGCACCGAGCCAACAAAGUGCUGUUUCUGGGGAAUCUGAAGAAGCUGCUGUCCACGGGCACAUCCCGAUGGAACAACCGGCAGAUGGCCCUGUGGGACCAGGAUGACCUCUCUGUACCUGUCACAGAGGAGGACCUGGAUGGCUCCUCAGGCGUGUUGUUUCCCUUCUACGAUGCAGACACCUACAUGCUCUACGUGGUGGGGAAGGGAGACGGGAACAUCCGCUACUACGAGGUGAGCGCCGACAGGCCUUACUUGAGCUACCUGACUGAAUACCGCUCCUAUAACCCGCAGAAGGGGAUUGGUGUCAUGCCAAAGAGAGGUCUUGAUGUGUCCUCCUGCGAGAUCUUCCGCUUCUACAAGCUGAUCACAACCAAAAGCCUCAUCGAGCCCAUAUCUAUGAUUGUGCCCCGGCGGUCGGAAUCCUACCAAGAGGACAUCUACCCCCCAACGGCAGGGGCCCAGCCUUCCAUGAUGGCCCAGGAGUGGCUCAGUGGGAUGAAUAGAGGGCCAGUCCUGGUGUCCCUUAGACCUGGCUCCGAGCUGCUGAGCCCCCUGCCACUGCCUUCAGAGAGACCCAUCUCCAACUCUGUGGCCCUGGCCUCGCCCCAGCUGCUGGACCAGACAGAGAAGCUGACUGCAGAGGAUGGCCAGAGGCCCUUCUCCCGGCUGGAGAAGGCGCCGAGGUGGGCAGCAGAACACAAGCUGGAGGAGAAGAAAUCCUGGUUCACAAACGGCUUUGACAUAUUUGAAUGCCCUCCACCAAAGACAGAGAACGAGCUGCUGCAGAUGUUCUAUCGGCAACAGGAGGAGAUCCGAAGGCUUCGGGAGCUGCUGACCCAGCGAGAGGUCCAGGCCAAACAGUUGGAACUGGAGAUCAAAAACUUGCGGAUGGGCUCAGAGCAGUUCUAAGCAGAGAUUUCUACCGUCCUCACCCUCAGGGACACCACUUGGCUCCAUGGGGAGGUUCAGAACCAAACCACAAGUCCCCCGAGAACAACCACUAUUUCUAUAUUUUUUACCAGAGAAUGAAACUCUCAGUCGCUGAAAGAGAUUCCAGUGGGACGUGGUGCCGUUUUUCUAUCUGCCUUUUUGCAACAACAGUUUCUGAACUGACUUUGUUUUUACACGAUACCUUGCCUCCUGUUUAAUUCUGUUUUUAAGGGUCCAUGAUGAGCUAUAACUUCUCAAGGGGAAAGAACAUUGUGGAAAGGUAGAGCUGGAAGGAUCUAGGAGGUAACCUGCCUGUGAUUUUCAAACCAUGGUCCAUAGAAUAAAGGGAAGGCUAAGCAGGAGGGCUGUCUCCCCUUCCCCACAUCCCCACCCCAUUCCAACCAGAUAGCUCCCCUUCUAUCCAUUUUAUUUAUCAGGCUACUAUGGAAUACAUAGUUCUGCUACUAAAAACAUUCUUAGUAGUUUGAAAACCAGUGAUCUAGCCCAACUCCCUCAUUUUAUAGGUGGGGAAACUGAGGCCCAGAGAGAGGCAAGUGAGAUUUGUUUCCUGGCUGGACUGGGCUGUGAUCCUGGUCUCCUGGAUCUGUCUUUCUGUUGAUUCUGGUCUGAUGCACAGAGAAGGAAUCCAUUGGUUCUGGCUUCAUCUGUGCCCGACUUGCUCAGCAGCCUCUUGCAAGGACUUCCUUCUCUGAUCUCAAUUUCUCCAUCUGAACAAAGGGAUCCUGGAACAAGCUGCCCUCUGUACAGGAUCUGCCACCUGAGGAAAACCACAUGUGGGGUGAUAAUCUGGGUUUGCUGCAGAAAUUCCCAGAUACUGGCCAAGGGCCAGAGGGAUUCAGCCCAAUUCUAGAACACAGACAGGAGGUUGGAACAAUCCACUUCAACAAGAAUCAUUGAGAUGUGGAUAGACACUGUCCACUUUGUGGGGAUGCAGACACAGAGCCGUGCCCACGACUGCUGACUGCCACCACCAAGGCCCUUGGGUACACAGCCUGCCUCCUCCAGGAUGAUGUGAACAGAUGUCAGCCCAGGUUAACAGAAAAGGCCCUCCCCAGGAGGUAGAGAGCCCCCAGCACUGAGUGGUAUGCCAGCAGAGCCCCCUGGCCAUCCACCCAUGAGGGCUUCUGGAGAGGGAUGACUGCACUAGGUAAGUAGGAUCAGAUGGCCCUGAAGUUCCCUCCUGGCCCUAAGUUUUUCUGCAUCCCUCCUUUGUGAAUCUGUGUUCUGAGCCCUGCUGUAAGGUUCUUUCUUUCUCAGUGGUCAAUACAAGAGCCCAGCAAGAGACUGGGAAUGAUGAGAAAUGAAGUCUGUUCCUGCUUACCAAGGAAGGGCAGACAGUAAGUUUCCUCCAUUGCACAGGAUGAUUCUGGAGUCAAGAUGGGUACUGCAGGAGGCCGCCUAGCCUACUAGGUUUCAACCCAAGCUGUACAUUAGAGUCUCCUUGGGAGCAUUCAGGAAAUAGAGACACUCAGGCCCCAUCCCAGACUGAUUGAGGCUGAGUCUCCAGAGUAGGGCCUGGACUUCUGUAUAUAAGCUCCCCAGGUGAUUCUGCCAUACAGAGAUGAUGGAAACCCAUGGGACAAGUCCAUCUAUAGCCAUAUGGAGGAAAGAUGAAGAGGACAAUGAGUGCCAGACAGGAGCUCGGACUCAACCCCAGGUCCUCUUAAGUCCUGGCUGCUGGCUCCUAAAAUGUCAAGAAGUAUUGUCCCAAACCCUCCCCCAAGAUCUCCAGGACCCUCAGCUGCAGCAUGAUGGGGGCUCUGUGUUCCCAUUUGCGCCUUCCCCUGGCCAUGACUGAUUCCCUUUGUCUGCACAGGCCAGACAUCCCUGUUCCUUGUCUCAUUCUUCAUUUACUCAGUCCCUGGGACUCCCGCCUGAAGCACCAGCCAAGCUUGCCUUAGUGUGCUCCAGAGCAAAAGCCCAAGUCCCAGGCACUGUCAGGGAAGCAGAGUUCCACUGGAUGGGGCUACCUCUCCCACCUUAUUUGUGGCCAGCACUGCACAGUUUACAAAGCCCUCCCACCUCCACUCAUUGACACAUGCCACUCUGAGACAGGUCAGGCAGGCUUUUUAAUCCCCAGGUUCGGAAGGGAAGACCUAGCUGCAGAGAAGUGAAGAAACAUCCUGUCCAAGGUCACUGGCUGCCAAGUGGUGGAGGUAGGGUUGAGUUCAGAGAGCUCCCGGCAUGCCUCUGCACAGCACCAGCCCUUCUCAAGCUCUCCCCAUCCCUAAGGGACCCAGACCUCACACUUAAAAACAGGACACAGGCAUCUUUGAAUAAACUUGUUUCCUUUUUUUCUUUUUCUGUUUUUUUUACAUCUAGAAUAAAUUAUUUAAAUUAUUUCACAGCAAGGGAGAGGGAUAGGUAAUUUUUAUCAGAUAUUUUUUUAAGCCAUCUUUUUUUUAAAUUACGUUUUUGUUUAUGUUCUUGAGCUGAUGACGUGAAACUUGCCCAGCAUUUGCAGGGUCCAGCCAAUCGGCAGUGUGUGCAUUUGGCUCCUUACUCCAUACCCUGGGAGUCCCCUUUCUGUUGACUCAGGAACUUUCUGAGAACAAGGACAGCACUCAGAGAUGAGCUUUAGGGGGUGACCACCUUAUCGCUACAAUAAUUGUGCUUCCUGGAACAAAACUUGAGAUUGUAUCAUAGAGAGAAACAGGAAGUCAGAAAUUGAUCUAUGCUUUUAAUAGGAAACCGUGCCUGAAACAGUUUGAAUGAUUGUUUUAAUGUUGCUUCUGAAAUUCUCUGAACCUUUGUUAAAAAAUAAAAAGAAAAGAAAAAAGGAAGAAAAGUGAAAAUUAAUACAUGUGGAAUCGUGCAAUGGAAAGAAUGUAAUAAAAUAAUAAACACCUGGCUAGACAUUUUA